AUGGAGAACUUCAUCCUGUAUGAGGAGCUGGGAUCUGGCAGAAACUCUGUUGUCUACAAGGGAAGGAGGAAGGGAAAUCUCAACUAUGUCGCCAUCAUCUGUGUCAACAAAACCAAGAGACCUGAGAUCACUAACCAUGUACGUCUCAGCCGUGACAUCGAUCAUCCAAAUAUUGCAUACUUCUAUGAAUGGUAUGAGACAAGUAGCCAUAUCUGGUUGGUUGUGGAACUCUGUACAGGUGGUUCUCUGGAGUCUGUAAUUGGUCAUGAUGGAUGUCUGCCAGAACAUGUAGUGAGGAAGUUUGGAUGGGACCUGGUCCAAGGACUGAAACACAUUCAUGAAUUAGGGAUUAUAUUCUGUGAUUUGACUCCUGCUAAGAUUCUACUGGAUGGUAGUGGCAUCCUGAAGUUUGGUAACUUCUGUUUGUCCAAGGCAGAGGGAGAGACACUGGAGGAUUUAUUUCUCGUGCUUUCUCCAUCAAACGACGCAGUAGAAGGAGAUGCCAAGCUGAACUUUGAUGUCAUAAAGAAGAGAUUGCAAGGUUCUCUGGCCUACUGCGCCCCGGAGGUUUUGGAGGGAUGUGAAACUAAUAUGAGGUCUGAUCUCUGGGCUCUUGGUUGUGUACUGUACUACAUGUAUACCGGUAAACCUCCUUUCUACUCUGAUAUCCAGACUGAACUGACAGACAUGAUUUUGCAUCAUGAAGUACCACCUCCAACACAGACAGUAUCUUCUGUACGUCCUCCCAGUUCGGACUUCCAGAGUCUUCUGAACGGCUUACUCAGCAAAGAACCCGAUAAGAGGAUGGACUGGCCAGAGUUGCUGGAUCACCCUUUCUGGAAACAGGAGGAAGAUAUUGUGGUGGAAGGUGAAACGGAAGAUGAUGAAGGCUGCAACGUUAAACAAAAAGUCUGUGAAGGAGUUAAUUCAGUUUGCUUGAGAAACACAUGGACACAUAACAUUUCACCUCCCGGACUGACAGACAAGCUUCUCACCAACCGCUCAGUCCCAUCACAGCUGAUCCCAUCGCAUCAAACGACUGACAGACUGUUUGACAGAAGCACCGAUCGCCAACAAUCUGUCAAACACGUGUCCUGCAGACCCUUAAAGUACGACCAAGGUUUAGAUAAGGAGCCGGGAAAGGAGAGAAGAAGGGAAGAGCUGGAAGAAACCGAAGAUGACCUCAAGCUAAGCGGAACCAAGCAGACAUGCUCCGUUCAGAUCAGUAAAUCAUUCACACCAUUAUCACAGUUAAAGCCGAAGAGUGGAGUGGAUGAGGACAACACCGAGGCUAUUUUCCUGCUCAGCUCCUGCGCUAACUCACGAAAGAACGGCAGUAUCUCAUAUUCUGCAAACCAGAACUUUCCACCACAGGAUGCUGACGGUACAGAUGUCACACACAGUGUGAAGGCCCUCCUGCAUACAGACGCUGAUAUGACUGUCACUCCUAUUAUUGACAACCCAAAGAUUCUUAAAGGUUGUCCUUUGCGAUUUGACCCCAGAACCCUUUGUGUGCCGGCAUAUUCAGCUGAGAAGCUGCUGUCUCUGAGCGAUGAAGAGUGGCCUGCCUUGGUGUUGCAGCUCUGUUCGUGUUUUGAGGAACCGAGCCGUGCCACCUCUCCCUCCUCCUCCUCCGCCUCCACAGCUGUUCGAUCCAGACUCAACCUGCUCUGCUAUCUCUGCUGUGUGGUCGGACAUGAAGACAUUGCUAACAGGCUAACUAAUUCCUCACUGCUUCAAGUACUGACCCAGCAGCUGCGACAAGCGCCUAACUGGGAUGUGCGAACCAAGGUCCUCAGAGUGAUGGGUCUUCUGGCUCUGCACUGUAGUGACCUGAGAGACGACAGUCCUGUUUCUGAGGCUGUAUCCACACUAACAGAUCUACUGAGGGAGAACCUGAGGAACAGUAAAAUAAAACAGUUCCUGCUGCCACCGCUCGGGGAGUUUCUCUACCUCAUCUCCUCUCAGGAGGAGAAGAGAGGCUCCCCAGAGGGACUAUGGUUCGUUCCCGCUGCCGCCUACACUGGCUUAAUGAGGAGCCUGCGGGAAGGGGAUGAUCCCAUAGUUCAUCACAUGGCUGCCAAAGCGAUAGAGAACAUUGCUACAACUGUGUCUGACUCCUCCCACAAGCUCCUCACCACCUCAGACGUUGGCUCUGCCCUGUGGUACCUGUUUACUCACUCCACUGUGGAGGCUGUCAGAGUCACGGCCAUCUCUGCUCUUUCGAGGCUAACCCGGGUGGUCCCAGCAGUCUUUCUGACAGUAAUUGACACCUGUGGCCCUGCGGCCGUCAUAGAGGCCAUAGGUGGAGCAGGGGCCAGGGUGCAGCAGCACCUGCUCACUGCUGUGGCCACUGCCCUGCUCACAUCCCGCGUCCAAACGCAUCGCAUCACCCAGAGCAAGGAGCUGGUGUUAAAGGUGCUGCGCUUUCUGGAGAGUCCAUCUACAGUAACAAGAGCUAAAGCACUGCUGCUGCUUCUGCUACUCAUACAGGACAACACACAAACCCUGCUUCACUGCUGCCAGCAAAGGCUGGUAAUGUACUUGGAGAGAGACGUUCGCAAAGCCACUCCUCUGAGAGAGAACCCCAGCCAGUCAGCCUACCUGUCUCAGUGCCUGAAAUUAGCCGUUACUUAUCUGAGCGGCAUUGCUCCAGUUAUAAUGGAGGAUACCUUGUGUGCAUUACGUGGUGUGACUGGGAGAAAGCACCCCUCCACAGCUCAAAGCAGACAGCUUAAACAGACACUUCCCACCAUAUCCGUGGUGCUGGGACUUUGUUCAUCUCAGGUCUUUAGAUGUCAAAUUGUGUCCGAGGACUUUCUGACUCAGACUGGAUCCCUGCUGGACUGCAUCGCUUCUGUAGAGUCAAAUGAAACAAAUCUAGCCAGUGCUGUGGGUGUAGCAACAUGUGAGGAGUUCACUCGAUCGACCCUGUCCAUUGCGGAGAUCCUGAGUCAGCACCAUGCGCUCAUCACUCCCUACAGUCAUGUCGUUGUGGAUGCCGUCCUGCCUCCUCUGACUUCGCUGGUGUUCAGCAGAAACGUGGAGUGGACAGUGUUUGCUUUAAGGGUGCUGUCUGAAAUCAGUUUGGUGCUGCUGGUCCAGGAUGAUGGCGGCUUUCAGGAUUCUGAGGAACGGACAGUUGAACAGAAAGAUAAAGAUGGAAGAAUGUCUAAAAGGAGAGAGGACGGAAGCUCCUGCAGUCAAAUGAUAUCUUUCAUCACAGAGUCUUUGUUUCCCAGGUACGAGGCUCUUCUUCGAGCAGCAGAGCCUAUCCCGCUCUACGCACUCAAGCUGCUGGUAUCCAUGACUGAACACAGCAUCGACAUCUGCAGGUUGAUCCAACACAGCAAGAUCCUGCCCGGGGUCUUUCAGAUUAUUCUGGCCAACAGCAGCAUCGUGACCAGUGGGCUGGUGCAGACUGCAGUCGUCUUGCUGUGUAAUCUUUGUGGAGACACCGUCCUCGAUCACCAACCACUGUAUCAGCAAGGUCUGAUAGAGAUGGUGGUCAGCACCCUCUCCAAGGCUGCACAGGCCCACCUGGAUGCAGACGGUCCUGCUGGGAGGAAGAGCUGCCAUCUUGUGUUACAAGCCCUUUUGGAACUGCUUCACAAUAUCCUCAAGCAGACAUCAGUCGUCGUCCGCUCGGCGCUGCAGAGCCAGAGGCUAUCUCGUCCAGCAGUGGAGACAGAGGCAGCGGAGAAGCUGCUCCUAACCUACAGACCCCUGAGCCAGCUCAGCUCACAUCUCAUUCACAUGCUUUCUUCUGAGAACCAGGAAGUGUGGGAGGAGUCUCUUCAGUGUCUGUCCCUCCUGGUGCAGCUGUACGGGGGAGAGGGUGAUGACUGCCUCUCACCUUCCUGUUUACAAAGUUUCUCACACAUCCUGCGCACAAAGAUGUGCGCCGAGAUCACCCGGGUGCCGUGGACCACUCUCAGGAUCAUUAAACGACUGGUGCAGACCUCCGACCGAUCUGAUUGGUUUGAAUGUCCUGAAGGGAUGGAGCUGAUCAGUCUCCUGCAGAAUGUCACAACAUCUAAAAGGUGUCAUGCCGACAUGGCUUCACUGGCCGCUGAAAUCCUGAAAGAGAUCUCUGCUCCCUGAAAUACACCAGCAGACAAAAAGUGGAACCAGCUCAGGAUAUUUUUACCUUCGAAACUUUAAAGUUCGAAUCAUAACUUGUUUGUUAUGAACCGUUUGUAAGUUUGUUUCUGUGAAUCUGCUGUUUUUAUUGAAUAAUAAAAUGUCUUAAAUU